GUAACCCUCUGUUUUACUUCUGAGGGUCCAACCUCUUCAUGUCAUAGAUAAGAAAGUAUGUUUGGUCAAAGUCCUAAAGCUGUUGGUAGUAGAACUGUAACUGAAACUCAGAUCUUGUUUUCUGGCUGGUGCUCUUUGCAUUCUAUCAUAUAGAUUAGAAAAUAAUGGAACAUAAAAUGUUUCAGUUUUUAGUGGAUUUGUUUCAUAUCCCUCGCCAGUGUUGUCACCCUGAUAAUUAUAGGCUAUGUCAAAGCUCAGAUUUGAAAUUUAUAAGCCGGGUGUACUCGUUCAGCCCGUCUGGAAGGCCAUGGAGAAGAGGCUGGGAGUCAUGCCAAGUCCUGCUUCCUGGAUUUUAUCAGGAUAUUAUUGGCAGACAUCUGUGAGGUGGUUGAGAAGCCUGUACCUGUUUUAUACUUGCUUUUGCUUCAGUGCUCUGUGGUUGUCAACAGAUGCCAGCGAGAGCAGGUGCCCGCAGGGGAAGUCACAGUUUGGAGUUGGCCUGAGAUCUGGGGGAGACACUCACCUCCGGCUUCUUGAAGGAACGCCCUCUCUCCAGUCCUGCUGGACUGCCUGCUGCCAGGACUCCGCCUGCCAUGCCUUCUGGUGGCUAGAAGGGAUGUGCAUUCAGGCAGACUGUAGCAGGCCCCAGAGCUGCCGUGCUUUUAGGACAGACUCUGCCAACUCUGUGCUGGUGUUUCUUAGAAAGUUCCCAGCUGCAGACGUUUUGGGCUUUCCUCCUGAAGAUGGCGUACCACAUCUUCUGGGGUUAGGUUGGAGCAGGGCAUUUUGGAGGAGGCAGAGCCCAUCGAGCACUCCACUCAGACCUGCUGUGUCUUCCAGUGGGCAGAGGAGCAUAAUCAGGAAACUCCAGAAGAGAGGUAGUCCCCCCGAAGAAACACAUGCAGCGAUAGCCACAACACAGCAUUCUAAAGAGAACAACCCCAAGGAACUAGGGGACCUGACUACCAGUGGCUCUGCAGAGGUCCACAAGGCAGGUAAAACUUCCAGUCUCUUAACCACAGACCUGACUACAGAGAUGCCUGGUUGGCUAAAGAAUGUUUCAUUGCAACCUGAGAUAUUGGAGGAUCCUGGUCCUACGCCCAGCACUCAGCAAGUAAAAAGUUCUGGGGAAAUCCAGAUUGCUACCUCUCUGCCAGUGGCUCCUUCUUACAGCUAUUCUACUCCCACCCCCCAGGCCUCUUUCCACAGCACCCCAACACCACACCCAGUUAUAAAGGAACUGGUGGUGUCUGCUGGAGAGAGUGUCCAGAUGACCCUGCCUAAGAAUGAGGUUCAGUUAAAUGCAUUUGUUCUCCAAGAACCACAUGAAGGAGAAACCUACACCUACGACUGGCAGCUGAUUACUCAUCCUAAAGACUACAGUGGAGAGAUGGAAGGGAAACAUUCCCAGAUCCUCAAACUAUCCAAGCUGACUCCAGGACUGUAUGAAUUCAAAGUGAUUGUAGAGGGUCAAAAUGCCCAUGGGGAAGGCUAUGUGAACGUGACAGUCAAGCCAGAACCUCGUAAGAAUCAACCUCCCGUUGCUAUUGUGUCACCUCAGUUCCAAGAGAUUUCUCUGCCAACUACUUCUACGGUCAUUGAUGGCAGCCAAAGCACUGAUGAUGAUAAAAUCGUCCAGUACCACUGGGAGGAACUGAAGGGGCCUCUGAGAGAAGAAAAGAUUUCUGAAGACACAGCCAUAUUAAAACUAAGUAAGCUCGUCCCGGGAAACUACACUUUCAGCUUGACUGUGGUAGAUUCCGAUGGAGCUACCAACUCUACUACUGCAAGCUUGACCGUGAACAAAGCUGUGGAUUACCCUCCUGUCGCCAACGCAGGCCCCAACCAAGUGAUCACCCUGCCCCAAAACUCCAUCACCCUCUAUGGAAACCAGAGCACUGAUGAUCACGGCAUCACCAGCUAUGAGUGGUCACUCAGCCCAAGCAGCAAAGGGAAGGUGGUGGAGAUGCAGGGCGUUAGAACACCAACCCUGCAGCUCUCUGCAAUGCAAGAAGGAGACUACACUUAUGAACUCACAGUGACUGACACAAUAGGACAGCAGGCCACUGCUCAAGUGACUGUCAUUGUGCAGCCUGAAAACAACAAGCCUCCUCAAGCAGAUGCAGGCCCAGAUAAAGAGUUGAUCCUUCCUGUGGACAGCACAACCUUGGACGGCAGCAAAAGCUCAGAUGAUCAGAAAAUUAUCUCAUACCUCUGGGAAAAAACACAGGGACCUGCCGGGGUGCAGCUUGAGAAUGCGAACAGCAGUGUUGCCACUGUGACUGGGCUUCAAGUGGGAAUCUAUGUGUUCACGUUGACUGUCAAAGAUGAGAGGAACCUGCAAAGCCAGAGCUCCGUGAAUGUCAUUGUCAAAGAAGAAAUGAACAAACCACCUAUAGCCAAGAUAACUGGGACUGUGGUGAUUACCUUGCCCACAAACACAGCAGAGCUGGACGGUUCCAAGUCCUCAGAUGAUAAGGGAAUAGUCAGCUACCUCUGGACUCGGGAUGAGGGGAGCCCAGCUGCAGGCGAGGUAUUAAAUCACUCUGACCAUCACCCUAUCCUCUUCCUUUCCAACCUGGUUGAGGGAACCUACACAUUUCAUCUGAAAGUGACCGAUGCAAAGGGUGAGAGUGACACAGACCGGACGACUGUGGAGGUGAAACCUGAUCCCAGGAAAAACAACCUGGUGGAGCUCAUCCUGGAUGUCAACGUCAGUCAGCUAACUGAGAGGCUGAAGGGGAUGUUCAUCCGCCAGAUUGGGGUCCUCCUGGGGGUGCUGGAUUCCGACAUCAUUGUGCAAAAGAUUCAGCCCUACACGGAGCAGAGCACCAAGAUGGUUUUUUUCGUUCAAAACGAGCCUCCUCAUCAGAUCUUCAAAGGGCAUGAGGUGGCAGCGAUGCUCAAGAGUGAGCUGAGGAAACAGAAGGCCGACUUCCUGAUAUUCAGAGCCCUGGAAAUCAAUACUGUCACAUGUCAGUUGAACUGCUCUGACCAUGGCCACUGUGAUUCCUUCACCAAACGCUGUAUCUGUGACCCUUUUUGGAUGGAGAAUUUCAUCAAGGUACAGCUGAAGGACGGAGACAGCAACUGUGAGUGGAGCGUGUUGUAUGUUAUCAUUGCUACCUUUGUCCUUGUUGUUGCCCUGGGAAUCUUGUCCUGGAUGGUGAUCUGUUGCUGUAAGAGGCAGAAAGGAAAACCCAAGAGGAAAAGCAAAUACAAGAUCCUGGAUGCCACAGAUCAGGAAAGCCUGGAGCUGAAGCCAACGUCUCGAGCAGGCACCAAACAGAAAGGCCCGACGCUGAGCAGCAGCCUGAUGCCCUCCGAGUCGGAGCUGGACAGUGACGACGCCAUCUUCACGUGGCCAGACCGCGAGAAGGGCCGGCUCCUCCAUGGUCAGAAUGGCUCCGUGCCCAAUGGACAGACUCCGCUCAAGGCCAGGAGCCCACGGGAGGAGAUCCUAUAGCCUCCUGCCUCUCUCUGCGGGGCAGGGCCCAGCGCGCUGCCAGCUGCUCCUCCUACCUCCAGGUCUGCAGGCUGCCGCUCUCCGAGCAUCCGCCUGUCACUCCGCCCCAGCACUCCGGCCAGACUGCGGAGUCUCUAGUUCAGAGACAUUCUCCAGGGAGCCCUGAGCGAAGCUGUGAAUGAAGAGGUUUCCUCUUUACACCUGUCUAGUGGGCCCCAAAUAUCCUCACCUCAGGGCCUCCAUUUUUGCAAAUUCCUCCCCUGCAGCUCCCCUGCUGGCAAUGUCUUUGUGCCCAGGGCAGAGCCUGCUGUGCCACCCGCCCCUGCAAACACAUCUGGUAGAGGACAUCCUGUCCUCUCUAGGCCUGUAGGAAGUAGCAUCCCCACCCCAUACCACCAUGCUGGGACAGUAGUGCAGAAAUGACGUCGGCCCCCAUUAGCACCAGAGCCCCCUCCGUUUUGUCUGGCCCAAGAUUAGGGGAGGAUUAGCUGUUUCCGGGAUGGCUGCUAGGUACAGACCACCUCCCGACCUCCUCCUCUGGCCAGCACUUGCUGCUUCAGGGCUCAGGCCACCACUCCUGUCCCGGAGGAGACAGCCACAGAUGGACUGGGCAUGUGUGCGACCACCUGCCCUGGUCCUCUCUGUCCCUUGCAUGUGUGCGUGUCCGAGCGAGCACGUGCAAGCGUGUGUGUGGCAGGUCCUCGCAGGGCUCUGAGCUGCUCACUAGGCAGCCUGGACUCAGAAAACCUCUCAGCCCCUUGGAAGGGAGACUUCCUGGGUCCCUUUGGCCCUGCUCCUUAGCCUUGGUAUCUGGGUGCAGAGGAAUGGGAACUUUGGGGGCAUGACUUUUAAAAAAGAUACUGUUUCUACUACUGCACUACUGUCUGUUGUGAGAUGAUUAAACACACUAUUUAAUUGUG